AUGACUUCGAUUGCGGAGCUCGAAGCUCACGCCAAGAUGCUGGAAGCAAGGCUGGCGAAGUAUGAAGCAUCAGGUCCCUCCCGCGAGAAGAUCGUCCAGAUGAGCUCUGAGGUAGUGGAUUCGAAUCCCUACAGUCGGUUGAUGGCCCUGAAACGGAUGGGGAUCGUAGAUGAUUACGAAGCCAUCCGCGGAUACACCGUCGUCGUUGUUGGGGUGGGCGGUGUGGGGAGCGUCACCGCAGAAAUGCUCACGAGGUGCGGCAUAGGAAAACUGAUCUUGUUCGACUACGACAAGGUCGAGAUGGCCAACAUGAACAGAUUAUUUUUCCAACCUCACCAGGCAGGAAUGUCAAAGGUUGAAGCUGCAGCGCGGACGCUCCAGUUUAUCAAUCCCGACGUCGAGUUUGAGACGUACAAUUACAACAUCACGACAGUCGAGAACUUCAAUCAUUUCAUGGAUAUCUUGAGGACGAAGAGUUUGACUCAGGGACCCGUCGACCUCGUACUCAGCUGCGUCGACAAUUUCGAGGCCAGAAUGGCGAUCAACACCGCCUGCAAUGAGCUCGGACAAGUAUGGAUGGAGUCCGGGGUUUCUGAGAACGCAGUUUCAGGUCACAUUCAGUUGAUUAGACCUGGAGAAACGGCCUGCUUCGGCUGCGCGCCUCCGCUUGUCGUUGCUGCUAACAUCGAUGAGAAAACUCUCAAAAGAGAGGGGGUCUGUGCUGCGAGUUUGCCGACGACCAUGGGAAUUGUCGCGGGACUGCUGGUGCAGAACACCCUAAAAUUCCUGCUCAAGUUCGGGGAUGUGUCCCACUAUCUCGGCUACAACGCUCUCCAAGAUUUCUUUCCUACUAUGGCCAUGAAGCCCAACCCUCAAUGUGACGAUUCGUUUUGUCGGAAGCGGCAGGAAGAAUUCCAGGAAGCUGAGAGCAGGAAACCUAAAGUCGAGGCCGUGGCCGUCGAAGAGAAAGCUGUGAUUCACGAAGACAACGAAUGGGGAAUUUCACUCGUUGCCGAAGACCAUCAAGAUAAACAAGAAGAUCAAAAAUCCCCGGAACUAACUCAGGGAGUGAAGUUGGCCUACACUAUUCCAAAACAGAGGACUCCCAGCAGCGGGGAGGACGUGUCAGUAUCCGAUGAGAUGAGUCUAGACGACCUCAUGCAGCGGAUGAAAGCCCUUUGAUUACCCAUUGUACAAUCGUGAGAAAAAUAUGGAAAUGUUAAAAUAAAUUCCCGUUCAGUCACCCUCUGACUGGAGGACU